UCAUCACUGUGACGUUCAAUCCCUGAUUCAGACAAAAUUAACCUCAAUAUUCAAUGCGUAGGUAACAUAGAAUAAUGUUAAUUUCUUUUAAUAUUUUGUUUUCACUGGACAGUUUUGAAUUCAAUAACACUUUAUCUUGAUGACUUUUAUAUUAGAUCAAUAUUAUCUUCAUGUUAUGUUUAGACGUAUUGUUAAAUUAGAUUAAUAAAAAAAUGGAUGGAGAAACUGAAAAAAGUGAGGAAGAAAAUGUAUGGGAAGAUUUUAUUGGUUUGCCUGCUGAUCCUCCAGUUAUGAGAAAUGUUUGCAGUGGCUGCAAGCGUCCAAGCGUAGUAUGCUGGUGUGUGGCGUUACCAUCAGAGCCGUUGACUCCGUCCUGCCGUAUAGUUCUACUGCAGCACCCGGCUGAAGAGAAGCGAAGUCUCAGGACUGCAUCCAUGCUCAUCAAGGGCCUCCAAGCCGGACGCUGUCUGCUAUUCAAAGGCAAAAAGUUCCUAGAUAAUCGGCAAGACGGUGUGAUGGACAUACUGCGAUCUCCAUAUUCGGUGCUACUAUUUCCGUCACGUUCGUCGGUGAGUCUGUCAGAAUUGGUUGGAGAUGGAUGGACCGCAGGCAGUCGCAUCGACAAUAUCGUCAUAAUCGACGGCACGUGGCCGCAGGCGAAGGCCAUCUACAACAACAGUCCUGCUCUGCAGAGCAUGCAACAGGCAAAAUUGAUGAUAGGUGGAGGCAGCGAGUACGUGAUUCGCACCCAACCGACGGAAGGCUGCCUGUCGACCCUGGAGACGGCUGCCGAGGCAUUGUCAUUGGUCGAAAAUGACGUCAUCUAUCGACGCCUGCUAUUGGCUCCGCUCAAAGUGCUCUGCGAUCAUCAGCUGGACCACGGCGCGGUCACACAUCAAAGCAAGGAGUUCCGGAUUCGAACGAAGACUUACCCCAAGUUGAUCGGUAAACGGUUGAGUCGUGUUUUACGGCAAGGACACAUGAUAAAUGACAAUCAGAGCUAGCUAGCCAUCAUUAGACAACAUUAUUGUAUUUUUCUCACUCUAUUCUCAAUAGAAUCUCACUAUAGUAAGUUGGAAUUCCGCUUAGAGAGAAAGAGAAAUUAGAGAUACUUUAUUCUAAUUACAAAAAGGGAGAAAUUCUGCACAGAGAAGAAGAGCAAUAUUCUCUUUCUUUCUCUUUCUUUUCAUGAGACUGUCCCUCUCUGUCAUUAGACAACAUACUGUAUUUUUUCUCACUCUAUUCCUAAUAGAAUAUCACUGUAGUAAGUUGGAAUUCCGCAGAGAGAGAGAGAGAGAGAGAGAGAGAGAGAGAAAAUUACAGAAAAUGUUUUCUAAUAACAAAUUGGAGACAUCCUGCACAGAGUAGGAAGAGCUAUUUCUCUUUCUUCAAUCAAUGAGACUAUACUAUUCUAAGGGAAUUGAAAGAUGUCACAUUAUUUCUCGAGAUUAAAAUAUAUUUUUUGCAACAA